GAAUGAGCGAAGCAGAAGGAAAGAAGAGCGAGAGAGAAUCAGAAAAAGAGAGAGAGAGUUAAAUUCUCGCAGUUAAAAACAGAGUAAAAGCACAGGCUGACCGGCUGACUCUCCUUCAGCGAGCGGAGAAAGGCGGACUGACCGGCGGAUCUCGCCCGAGCCUCGGGCACAGACACUGGACUCUGAAACUUUCUCUCCAGCUCCAUUUCUCUAGACUGCUCCUGCUUGGAUAACCUCAACAAGUUCGGCCGUGUCGUGUAGCACCGCUCUCACCGGCUGCCUGUCACAACUUCGUGUACUUUUUAAUUAUUUAUUUCUGUUCGUUUGUUUGUUUGUUUCCGUGCUCCCUCUGCGGCUCAUGCUUACAAAUGUUAGCUGUGGGGCAAAUGGAUGCUAACAGGCAGAGCGCUUUCGUGCUGAGCAGCACGCCGCUGGCCGCGCUGCACAACAUGACCGAGAUGAAGAGCUCGCUGUUCCCAUACGCGCUGCAGAACCCGGCGGGCUUCAAGGCUCCGGCCUCGCUCUCCAGCCUGAACUCGCAGAUCCCGCUGGGGACGCCGCACGGGAUUAGCGACAUCCUCGGCCGGCCCAUCGGCGCGGCGGGACAGCUGCUCUCGGGCUUCCCCCGGAUCGGCGGCCUGGCGGGCUCAGCGGGGAUGUACCUGAGCCCUGCAGCCAUGGCCAGAUGCCCCAAACCCCUGGCAGAACUGCCCGGCCGCGCGCCCAUAUUCUGGCCUGGAGUGAUGCAGGGCUCCCCGUGGAGGGACCCGAGAGUGCCCUGUCCAGCCCAAACGAACUUAUUGCUGGACAAAGACGGCAAGAAGAAACACUCCAGACCAACUUUCUCAGGACAGCAGAUUUUCGCCCUGGAGAAAACUUUCGAGCAGACCAAAUACCUGGCCGGUCCGGAGAGAGCGCGGCUCGCCUACUCACUGGGAAUGACCGAGAGCCAAGUGAAGGUGUGGUUUCAGAACCGCAGGACCAAGUGGAGGAAGAAGCAUGCAGCAGAAAUGGCCACGGCCAAGAAGAAGCAUGACUCUGAGACGGAGAAGAUGAAGGAGAGCUCGGACAACGAGGACGAUGAUGAGUACAACAAACCUCUGGACCCCAAUUCAGAUGAUGAAAAAAUAACAAGACUGCUAAAAAAGCACAAGGCCUCGAGUGUUGCCCUUGUCAGCCCGUGCAGCAACAGCUCGGAUGCAUUGUGACUCAGAGCUCAGCAGAGACUUGAAUCUCAGUCUGCGGCCUAAAACAGGGUGCACACUGCUCUCUUACAGUACAGCAGGGUGCACACUGCUCUCUUACAGUACAGCAAGGUGUACACUGCUCUCUUACAGUACAGCAGGGUAUACACUGCUCUCCUACAGUACAGCAGGGUAUACACUGAUCUCCUACAGUGCAGCAGGGUAUAUACUGCUCCCCUACAGUACAGCAGGGUGUGCACUGCUCUUCUACAGUGCAGCAGGGUGCGCACUGCUUCCCUACAGUACAGCAGUGUGCGCACUGCUGUCAUACAGUACAGCAGGGUGUGCACUGCUGUCUUACAGAACAUCAGGGUGUGCACUGCUGUCUUACAGAACAUCAGGGUGUGCACUGCUGUCUUACAGUGAAGCAGGGUGUACACUGCUCCCCUACAGUGCAGCAGGGUGUACACUGCUUCCCUACAGUACAGCAGGGUAUGCGCUGCUCCCCUACAGUACAGCAGGGUGUACACUGCUCCCCUACAGUACAGCAGGGUGUGCACUGCUCUUCUACAGUGCAGCAGGGUGUACACUGCUUCCCUACAGUACAGCAGGGUAUGCGCUGCUGUCUUACAGUACAUCAGGGUGUACACUGCUCUCCUACAGUGAAGCAGGCUAUACACUGCUCUCCUACAAUACAGCAGGGUGCACACUGCUCUCCUACAGUGAAGCAGGGAGUUCACUGCACCUCUACAGUGCAGCAGGGUGUACACUGCUCUCCUACAGUGAAGCAGGGUGUACACUGCUCUCCUACAGUGAAGCAGGGUGUACACUGCUCUCCUACAGUGCAGCAGGGCAUGCUUUGCUGUCCUGAAGCUAAAGUUAAGCAGGGUAUGCGCUGUUUUCCUAAAGCAGAAUGUGCACUGCUCUCUAAAGUAAAGCAGGGUAUGCGCUGCGCUGUUCUGCUGAUGCCAAUGCAAUGUGUUGUACACAUGCAAGUGUAAGUGAGAUGUAUAUAUUUUGUACGGAUUAAAUUAUGUUAUUAAACCGCCAGGAAUGGACAUGGCGACUUUAUCAGUCACCCCCCCUCCACUGCCCCCUCCUUGGCCUGCAGCUGUGGCAGGAUAACGGAGCCUAACUACUUCGCCAAGUUCUCCAGUUCAGUCUUCUACAUGUCCAGUGUUGUAAAUGAUGAUGUAAAUAGCCUUUGUUUUAACAGUGUCCUCUACAGCUGAUUAGUUUCAUUUUGAAGGACUUUAUGUUUUACCAUCCACCACAAAAAAAUAGAUACAGAUGGAGCGUUAAGUAUUGAAAUAAGAGAAUAUUAUUGCUUCCGUGCUGAAGGAAGAAGACCUUUGUAUGAUCAAUAAAUUAUUUAACAUAUUU